AUGUCUUCGAAAGGGCUGUACUUGUUCGUCACCGUAGUAGGAUUUUGUCUGGCUAAUUCACCAAAGCUGACCAGAGAUGGACACGUGAAGAACUUCAGACCGCCUCCGAAAGAGCAUUUAAUACGAGAUCGACGUUGCGUGGGCGGCCGCGAAUACACUAACAAUUCAGAAUAUAAUUGUCAUGGAGCGAAAUUUAUGUCAUCGAAUGGAUAUUUCCAACCAUGUAAUCGUCAUAACCAUUGCUACCAUGCACGAGAGCCGACCGAUUGGUGUGUUUUGGCCCCGCACCAGAGAUACACAAAUUGGGGAUGUCAUUGCGAUCGAAAACUUGGAAGUUGUGUGAUUGAACGUUACGACUACAAACAACGUCAACUACAAUGGUCAUACUGUACACCGAAUCACGAAUUUUACUGUGCAACACGUAUCCAUGCUUCCUUCUCACAUUGA